AUGGUGGUUUCAGACUCAGUGAAAGAAAGAAGGGUGGAUUUGGGUAGCGGGGAAGCUGGGCAGUGUCGAUGGCGGACCUGGGCUUGGUGGAGAAGCUGGGCAGUGGGAUUGGGAGAGAGAGAGAGAGAGAGAGAGAGUACGUGGUGGAUUUGGGCGUGGGGAGGAGCUGGGCAGUGGCUAUGGAGUUUGAGCAUACCAUUGGCCUUAUAUAAACAAUUUGGAGGGUUUAAUUUUCUAGCAUUUGCUCCAUACCAUCGUGCUGUAACCCAUUAA